AUGGCAGCCUACCAUGCCGGCGGCUCCAGCACCGCCUACGCUGCUCGUCCAGAUGUCCCCUUCAGGCCAGGUCCGCUGCCAUCGACGAGCGCAGUAGGAGGCUCGGCACAACAUGGACCCAACGCAUACCCACCCGGCUCUUACGGCUACCACCCGCAGAUGCAGCAGCAGCAAAUGCAACAUCACCAGCCACCGCACCACCCAAACUCUUCGCAACAGCACCGCUCUACCCAUCAGGUGCCGUAUGGCUCAGCUAGCCAUCCACCACCACCACAGGCCGCGCAACCUUCACCAGCGACCAGACCAGCUCAUUUGGCGGGGCACACACCACAGCAGCGCAAUGCCCAUCUUCCUCCCCACGACCAUGGCAUGGUACACGGCAUGCACGGAGGUGAGGUUGCUCGUGGUGGGCCCCCACCUCUACCAGCUGGUCAUCAUGGUACUCUAGGAUUUGCUAGUGGUCCACCACCCGCAUCUAUGGUCCCACAACCCCACAAGGGCCGGCCGAACGGACAACACGUGCACCCGGAUCCUCAUUCGCAUGGACAUAUACAUUAUGGCGGCUCGAUUCAACCAUCUCCCAAUGCAGGAGCCAACGCACACCUUGGUCCGCAUCCCCCUCACGCUUACCCAUACGCCGGAGGAGGCGUCAAUGGAUCUGCGCAUUACGAUCUGCCACCGCAUCACGCUGUAAACGCGAUGCAGGAUCCCAGAGCACCCGGUCACCCUCAUUACGCUCAACCGCACUACAGCUCGGUGGCUCCCCCGAGGCAGACGAACGCCUCAACCUCCUCUACAGCCCCUUCCUCUGCCAAGAAGAAGGAUGGUCGAUCGAACAAGCGCAGCAAGACGAAUAAUUCGGCCAGCAAGGCUUCGGCGCAAGCGGCUGCAGCAGCUGCUGCUGCGAACGAGACGACAGCCACCAUGCCUUUAGGCCCUGCUCCCGGCAAAGCCGCGCUCGCGGACGGCACGCUUGCGGGCAAUGUCGGUUUGGUCGACGAGGAUGGGCACGUCUUGUCAGGCCCAGCCGAGAGCAAAAAGGAUAAGAAGAGAAGGGAAGUCAUCGAGCGGGUCCACAACGCUCAUUGGCAAGCGCUCGAAGCCAGGGACGUGUGAGUUCACGCGAUGCCUCGCACGGGCCUCUCGGUCUUCUUCUGCCAUCUCGCAAGUGCUGACGUUUGCGUCCUUCCAUUUCCACCUGCAGUAUCUUCGAGGAUCUGUCACGAUCAUUCAUUGCCCAGUCCAAUACAUUGCUGUUGUCACCUCAGCUCUCGCGAGCCUACGUUUUGCCCGCUCACUCGCUUCUCAUAGAGCGAGAUGCGUCGUUGCAGCGAGGAGCUCUGCUGCACGCCUAUCAGGUCGAAUCUGCUCGCUCAGCGUAUGAGAGCGAAAGGGCCCGGGCAGAAGACGAAGCUAGAAUUGCGCGAAAGAACGUUCGAGAUCGAUUGUUGGCUGCCACAGAGGAGCGGCGGCGAAGGCUGAGAGAAGAAAAGGAGAGCGGGGACGGUGCAGCUGGUGAGUGCUACUCUGGGCCAAAGUACGGUGACGCGUCAGUCUUUUGAGGUGCUGACCCUGCCACCCGUACCCACCAGAUCUCUUUAUGGACGCGGCAGCUCGGCCACAUGCGACGCGCAAGCUGCGAGCCAAACCAGGCGCUAAUCCGCCAUCGCGGCGGGGAGACGAGGAGAAGAAUGCAGGCGGAGGGGACGUGAAUACGGGCUUGGGCCUGUUGCUGGGCGAAGGCGGGGCGGAGCUCGGACUAGCUGGCGGAGCGUCGGCUCUUGGCGGUCUCGGCUCCCUCUUUGCUGGCUUGCCCGCCAGCAGCGUGAUGGACCAAGCCACGGGCGCAGCCAUAGCUGGCGGAGGUAUGGCAGACAGCUCGUAUAUGUCUGGAAUGCGUGCAGCACUCGCUGCCAAGGUCGCAGGCAAAGGAAAGAAGGGCGCCAAAGGUGGGGCAGGAAGCGCCGCGAAUGCUGCUGCAGCUGCAGCCGCGGCUUCGGCAGAUGGAACGAUCCAAGAAGACGACGAUGACAGAGAAUCCAGAGCGGCGGCAGCAGCCGCCGCCGUGGCCGCAGCUGCCGUCUCAAACGGUCGACUCAGGUGGGACGCUGGAAAGAGCGUCGCUCAGCUUACUGCCGCCAAGGACUGGGAGGUUGAGAGCGACCUCAUCUCACUACGCAAGACUGCCGGUGGCAAACGUCGUCGCAAGUGAGCGCUAG